AGUUGCUCUCUCUUUUUUUAAGCUUUAUUUUAUUUUCUUGGUGUGGAGGAAAUCUGAUGAUAGAAAUCUUCUUGGCUUUGAAUUCAUAUGUGGUGAUACAAUGAUGACAAGUCAGGCAAACAUUGGAUCAUCGAGCAAUUUGCGAAGACCAAAGAGAACCAAGAAACAAGGUCCAGCAAAGAAACAACUAGAUCAAAUACCAGUAAGCUCAUAUUCAGAUCCGGAAGAAGCAUUGGAUGCUGGCAUUCAAUUAGAAGAAAAAGCAGAAAGGUUUGCUUUUGGUGAGAAAGCAUUGAAAUAUUACAAUUUAAGCUUUCAGGUCUAUCAACGAGCUCUUCAAUUAAGAAAUGGUAACGAUGCAGAUGCUGCUUAUAACGCAGCAAGAGUAUUGUACAUCAUCGCGACAACAUUCACUCUGCCACCUUCCAGCUUGAAGCAUUUACAGGAUGCAAUUCAGCUAUUCGCAAAUGCGUUGGCUUUGUCUGUUCCAGUAUCUGCUAUAGAUGGUUCACCCAAUGCAUUCUAUCUGGACGUUCAGUAUAAUCUCGCUUCAGCUCAGUCCACUUUGGCAGACCAAAAGCAGCGGAUAGGUGAAAAAGAUGCUGAUGUACAAGCGCUUUACCAACAAGCAAUCGUUAAUCUGGAAAACGUAUUACAAGGCCAAGAAAUUGUGCUUCGAAGACAGCUAGAACAGGAGGCAGAGGAUAGGAAUGCAGAGAUCGAAAGAGCUCCCUUACUGGUGCCCGAAGGAGAACAGGAUGAGAAUGAGGACGGGGUUUCGAUUGACACAACUUCCGACUCUGAAGGAGCCACCCGAACAGAAUACACAACUUCACUCAUCACACCUGCCUCAGCUUUGGAAACAAUCUCAAGCCUACAUUCAACAUUGUUAGCUUUGCUCGAUUCGGGUGUAGAUAAUGAGGUGGCUCUAUCCACAUUUGCACAUGCCGCCAACAAUCUUGCUAGAGCAGAAAGCGUCUUUAUAUCUUUCCCGGAUGGCGAGAAAAGAAGUCCGGAAAAUGAAUGGAUGGAACAGGUAGCAGCUUUGCGGUUCGCAAAAGAGGAAAUAGAUAUUGCAAAACUUCUGAGAGACGUACAAGGUAACAUCAGUCAAGAUCUAAUGUUUUACGCCGUUCCUAUCCUUACGCAGGUAACAUCGGUGCUAGAAGAAAGCACGAAAAAUACAUUUGAUAUGGCUACCACGAAUGGAAGAGCUGCUCAAAAAGUGUAUUUGCAACAAUUGGAACAAAUGGCAGAUCGUACUUUACAAUUAUCUCGUUUAACGAUCGGGCAUAUAUACUCACGAACAAGUCAAGGUGCAAAUGAUUAUGUUCAAGCUCUUAUUGAAUUAGCCUGGCAGCUUUGCACGAAUGCUUCCAAGGUAUAUCUCUCUGCUCUUAAAGCUUUGGAUGCAUCUUCCAAUGCGUCUGGAAGUGGAAAUACGGUGGCAGUAUUGGGUACUGCUCAUUCCAUCAAUCCAUCCAUGCGAAGAAGAGCAUCACUUUAUACGGGAUUGAGUACUGUUUCAAUCCUACGAAGUGAGGUUUUGUUCGUUUCCGGUGCCAUAGAUGGUGUGGAUGAGAAUACCCGGAAAACGUUGUUGGAUAACGCUCGUAUUUACGCACGAAAAGCAUUGGCUGAAGUAGGAUUGACGUGGAUGUUACAACAACCAAAGACAACUUCAAGAUAUACUGCACCCCAUGGAGGAGUAGAUAGCUUGAACGUUGAUACGGAAGCUGCAAUGUCGCUCUUUCGUGCAUUGAUUAAGAGAGCUGUCACGUUAGAUGGGGAUGCUGCACAAGUAGCACGGAACGAGCUUGAAUUAUUCACUGAAAAUGUCAAAUCCAUCGUUACAGCUACCGAUGCAGAAUAUGCACCUGUUUGGCUCGCAUCUUUCGGUCUCCUGUCAACUACAGGUGCAGAUUUACGAUUACUUAACGAAGUCAUCGGCGAAGAAGGUGAUUCGAGCAUAUCUGAUGAGGAAAAGCAAAUUUGGGCUGCCGUCGAACAGCAGUUGAUACCACAACAACAAUAGAGACAUGUUACUUCAUAGAAAUAUUACACAUUGUAUUGUA